GAUUGCAGGUGAGGAAAGGCAGACUCUGCGGCUGAGAACCCAAACUUGGGCACCGCGCGGUGCGCACUACUCAGCCCUCGCCUUCGCGGGCGAACGGCUGCUGCAGCUUCUGGCUGAGGCUUCGUGACUAAUGACCUUGCGCAGAGUUGUUAAGAAAAAAGAGAAGCCGGAGCUUUCGGGGGUGAGAAAGGACUGACUCUUUGGGAGUCUCUGAAGAUGGCUUGGGCUGCUCUUCGGCGCUCCGGGGGCACCCGGUCUAGAACCACGCUGUGACGCGAGUGGUCUCUUCUGCUUGGUGCCCGAAGCGACCUGCCGGAGAUUUUUUUUUUUUUAUUCUUGGUUUGUUGACUGGCUCCCCCGCUGCCGAAGCAGAGUCGGAGUUGAGACUGGCUUGUUGCUGGCCCUGGCGUCUCGCGCAAGAAAAGACUCACGUUUGCCUAGGCAGCCGAAGGCGGAGCAGAGACUGAGAUUGGAGUGAGUGGCUGAAACGUGCAUUGGACUCUAUUCGAGUAGUAGCCGAGACGAGUGGGACUGGCUGGCGCGGGAGUCUGCAGACUAGCUCCUCGCCGCCUUCCGGCUCCACCGCCCGCCUGCCGGAACGAUUCCGGUACCAUCCGACCGUGCGGGGACCGGAGCCCGGGAACCUUCGCCCGCUGCGGGGAUGACUCUGAGGGAUCGCCGUGCCUGCGGCGCCCAGUGUCCCGUGAACUGUGAGUACUGUGACUGAAAGACUGCCGGCGAGCAAGCGAUUAGCACCCAUUGCAUGAAUUACGAAACAAUAACUUUCGGAAGAAGCAAGAGGAAAAAAAGAAGGAUCUAUAGCGCUGCUCACCCGGCCGACUAGCACGCUGCUCUUGCCCCCUCCCUCCCCUCUCUCUCGCGCCAUCCUUUCCCGGAGAGGGGAGAGGACUGGGGGGAGGGCAGAGACCAGCCCCAGAGGAGGGGGACGCCUAGGGGGCUGCGGUUAGAAGGAGCAAUAGCAGCAGCAGCAGGAGAAGAUGCUGAGGAUGCGGACGGCGGGCUGGGCGCGCGGCUGGUGUCUGGGCUGUUGCUUCCUUCUGCCGCUUUCUCUCAGUCUGGCGGCAGCCAAACAACUCCUCCGGUACCGGCUGGCGGAGGAGGGCCCCGCCGACGUCCGCAUCGGCAAUGUUGCCUCGGACCUAGGCAUCGUGACGGGCUCGGGCGAGGUGACUUUCAGCCUGGAGUCGGGUUCCGAGUAUCUUAAGAUCGACAACCUCACUGGCGAGCUGAGUACCAGCGAGCGGCGCAUUGACCGCGAGAAGCUGCCUCAGUGUCAGAUGAUCUUCGACGAGAACGAGUGCUUCCUAGACUUUGAGGUGUCGGUGAUCGGGCCCUCACAGAGCUGGGUGGACCUGUUCGAGGGCCGGGUCAUCGUGCUGGACAUCAACGAUAACACGCCCACCUUCCCGUCGCCGGUACUCACGCUCACGGUGGAGGAGAACCGACCCGUAGGCACGCUCUACCUGCUACCCACCGCCACUGACCGUGACUUCGGCCGCAACGGCAUCGAGCGCUAUGAGCUGCUCCAGGAGCCCGGGGGCGGCGGUGGCGAGGGCCGGCGCGCUGGGUCUGCCGACAGCGCCCCCUACCCCGGGGGCGGCGGGAACGGCGCGAGCAGCGGCAGUGGCCAGGGAAACUCCAAGCGGCGGCUGGACCCGCCUGAGAGCGGUGGCGGGACCAACCCAGGUGGCCGCAGCAGCGUGUUCGAGCUGCAGGUGGCCGAUACCCCGGACGGUGAAAAGCAGCCUCAGUUGAUUGUGAAGGGGGCGCUGGACCGCGAGCAGCGUGACUCCUACGAGUUGACCCUGCGCGUUAGGGAUGGUGGCGACCCACCGCGCUCUUCGCAAGCCAUCCUGCGGGUGCUCAUCACGGACGUGAACGACAACAGCCCCCGCUUCGAGAAAAGCGUCUAUGAGGCUGACUUGGCAGAGAAUAGUGCCCCGGGGACUCCCAUCCUGCAGCUUCGGGCCGCGGACAUGGACGUGGGGGUCAAUGGGCAGAUAGAAUACGUGUUUGGAGCGGCCACUGAAUCCGUGAGGCGGCUGCUGCGCCUCGACGAGACAUCGGGUUGGCUCAGCGUCCUGCACCGCAUCGACAGAGAGGAGGUGAAUCAGCUGAGAUUCACUGUUAUGGCCCGUGACCGUGGUCAGCCCCCUAAGACUGACAAAGCCACCGUGGUCCUCAACAUCAAGGAUGAAAACGACAACGUGCCGUCCAUUGAAAUUCGAAAGAUUGGCCGCAUCCCACUCAAGGACGGUGUGGCUAACGUGGUUGAGGAUGUUCUGGUUGACACUCCUAUCGCCCUGGUGCAAGUGUCCGAUCGAGACCAAGGUGAGAACGGGGUGGUCACCUGCACUGUUGUGGGUGAUGUGCCCUUUCAGCUCAAGCCGGCCAGCGAUACAGAAGGUGACCAGAACAAGAAAAAGUACUUCCUGCACACCUCUGCUCCUCUGGACUAUGAGACUACCCCCGAGUUCAACGUGGUCAUAGUAGCAGUCGACUCAGGCAGCCCCAGCCUCUCCAGCAACAACUCUCUGGUGGUCAAGGUGGGAGACACCAAUGACAACCCGCCAGUCUUCGAGCAUUCCGUCGUGGAGGUUUACUUCUUCGAGAACAAUAUCCCGGGCGACAGGGUGGCCACGGUGAAGGCUACUGAUGCUGACAGCGGGAAGAAUGCCGAGAUUGCCUACUCUUUAGACUCGUCCGUGAUGGGGGUUUUUACCAUUGAUCCCAAUUCAGGGGACAUACUGGUAAAUACUGUGCUGGACCGGGAGCAGAAUGACAGGUAUGAGUUUAAAGUUAAUGCCAAAGACAAAGGCAUCCCGGUGCUCCAGGGCAGCACCUCUGUGAUUGUGCAGGUGGCUGAUAAGAAUGACAAUGACCCUAAGUUUAUGCAGGACGUCUUUACCUUUUAUGUGAAAGAGAACUUGCAGCCCAACAGCCCUGUGGGGAUGGUCACUGUGAUGGAUGCUGACAAAGGGAAAAAUGCAGAGAUGAGACUUUAUAUAGAGGAGAACAGUAACAUUUUUUCCAUUGAGAAUGACACGGGGACCAUUUACUCUACAAUGUCUUUUGACCGAGAACAUCAGACCACCUACACUUUCAGAGUCAAAGCUGUGGAUGGGGGAGAUCCUCCUAGAUCCGCCACAGCUACAGUCUCUCUUUUUGUAAUGGAUGAAAAUGACAAUGCCCCCACAGUUAGCCUUCCCAGAAACAUUUCCUACACUUUACUGCCACCUUCAAGUAAUGUCAGGACAGUAGUAGCUACAGUGUUGGCAACAGACAGUGAUGAUGGCAUCAACGCAGACCUUAACUACAGCAUUGUGGGAGGGAAUCCCUUCAAGCUGUUUGAGAUUGAUUCUACCAGUGGGGUGGUUUCCUUAGUGGGGAAACUCACCCAAAAGCAUUAUGGUUUACACAGGCUGGUGGUGCAAGUGAAUGACAGUGGGCAGCCUUCCCAGUCCACCACCACUCUGGUACAUGUGUUUGUCAAUGAAAGUGUUUCUAAUGCAACUGUGAUUGACUCGCAGAUAGUCAGAAGUUUGCACACCCCACUCACCCAGGAUAUAGCUGGUGACCCAAGCUAUGAAAUUAGCAAGCAGAGACUGAGUAUUGUCAUUGGAGUGGUUGCUGGAAUUAUGACAGUGAUUCUGAUCAUCUUAAUUGUAGUGAUGGCAAGGUACUGCAGGUCCAAAAAUAAAAAUGGCUAUGAAGCCGGCAAAAAAGAUCACGAAGACUUUUUUACACCCCAACAACAUGACAAAUCGAAAAAGCCUAAAAAGGACAAGAGAAAUAAAAAAUCUAAGCAGCCGCUCUACAGCAGCAUUGUCACUGUAGAAGCUUCUAAACCAAAUGGACAGAGGUAUGAUAGUGUCAAUGAGAAGCUAUCAGACAGCCCUAGCAUGGGGCGAUACCGAUCUGUUAAUGGUGGCCCUGGUAGUCCUGACCUGGCAAGGCAUUACAAAUCCAGUUCCCCAUUGCCUACUGUCCAACUUCAUCCCCAAUCACCAACUGCAGGAAAAAAACACCAGGCCGUACAAGAUCUACCACCAGCCAACACAUUUGUGGGAGCAGGAGACAACAUUUCAAUUGGAUCAGAUCACUGCUCUGAAUACAGCUGUCAAACCAAUAACAAGUACAGCAAACAGAUGCGUCUACAUCCAUACAUUACUGUGUUUGGCUGAAUUCCACUCUAAUAUGAUGCUCCUUUAUGCACCAUACAGUGAUGACCUUGCUACUCCGAAACCUGCUGGAGCCUGCCCUUGGCCGUGGGGUGUCAGCCAAUCACUGCAUGUUCCGCCCGUGCAUUUCAUUUUCAACACCCCCCCUUCUUGAUUUAAGAAAAAAAAUAGUAUUGAAAUAAAUAAACGUAUAAAAGAAACAGUAUUAAUACAAAAACGUGUUACUAGUAGAUAGCUAAGUCACCAGCAACUCCAUUUUCAAGGAGGUAGUUAGCAGAAUUUCAUAGUGAAGAUUUCUAAAAAAAAAACAUUAUUCAACAAUAAAUUUUAGAUGAUGGCUUUGUGAGAACAGACAAAAAAUUAAGUCUGUAUGAUAUUUGUCUAUAAUACAUAAAAUGCCUACUUUUAAUUAAAACCUAAAUUAAUCA